GGGCCACCCAAACUGUCUGAGCUGGGCCCUGAGGUCCAAGUACACACAGUUAAGCAGGUGAUUGCUCAUGAACUCUACACCAACAUCUCAGAGGGGAACGACAUCGCCUUGCUGGAACUGGACCAGCCUGUCCAGUGCAGCGACUAUGUUCAGCUUGCCUGUGUGUCCAGCGCCUCACUGGCAGUGUCCCAGCUGACAGACUGCUACAUCAGCAGCUGGGGUUUGAUGGAUGCAAGAUUUGGAAAAGUAGCUGCUAGCGUGCAGGAGGCCAGGGUCUAUCUCACUGAUAUCAACACCUGUAACAGCAGCCGGUGCUAUCCAGGGGACAUCUUUAGCCACAACUUAUGCUCCGGGUACCUGCAGGGUGGCAGUGACUCGUGCCAGGUAGGGGCGUGCAACAGGUCAACCCCCCAGCAGCACAGGCAGCCCAGAGCCCGGCACAUGCUUUGCCUGGCAAGUCACCUCCCACCCCAGCGUCCCCAGCGCUGCUGGGGCUUCCCUCCCCUCUCCCAUCUGCAGCUGCUUGCCCAGUGCCCCUCUCAUCCCAGGUUACUCUGCUCAGGAAGCCCAUCCAGUGCUCCUGGCAGCCCAGAGCUCCAGUUCCCAAUCCUGGAACAUCCGUCUUCCACACACCCAGGAUACCUGCGCAGAGAUGAGGGAGAGCCCAACCUCACAGCCCCGCAGUCCCCUCCAGACAAGGCUCCGUAGGCUCUGGCACCUGAGCAGAGCCUCUGUGCAGUGAAUGCAGCUCUGGCAGCUCUUGAGAGAAGGAGCCAGCCGUAGUGCUGCCAGUGGCCACCAACAACACCC